UAUUUAAAAAAAUCCAAGUGCCCACUUUUAGGUGUUAAAUAAUACACCUAAAUAAACAAAAUUUGGAAAAAACAGGUUUGUAGAUUAUGUUUUUGUUUUUACUUUUUCUUCUUUAAAUGUACAAAAAUUUUGAAAAUUACCCAAAUACACAUUGGCAAGCUGUGACUAUAGUGACCAAAACUCCAUAUCACGAGCUAAAGUAAGCUUAAAGUUAGUUGACAGUAACUGUCACCUGAGUAUUGAUUUGUUCAAUUUGUCCAAUAUGUUAUAAUCGAGAUAAACGGGUUUGAAACUUUUACAUUAAAUAUCUUAUUUGUUUUUUAAUGAAACUUAAUUAAACAUUAAUAACAAUAUUCUUGUUUAGCCUUUAAUUAGUUCUAUUGAGCAACUCUUAUCUAAAAUUUGGAUUUAUGCCUCAAUAUUGGAAAAAACGUUUUGGAGAUAAAACAAAAAGUGCUAUUUUUGGAUUUUAGAAACAAAAUAUUGGACAUAUAACAAAGUUUUAGGACAUGAAACAAAACUAAAUUAAAAAACACUUUAUUUAAUAAUGAUUUACUUUAAUAAUAAUAAUUAUAAUUAUUGUCAAAAUACAAUGUCAUAUACAUUAGGGUGAGCCAAAAAAACUAACCUAUCGGAUUUAUGGGUUAAAAUUAACCUACAUACCGAGCAAAAAAUUUCCCUGCAAGGCAAAAUUUUUUGCUCAAUUUUAAAAGGUGUCGGUGAGCAUUCUAAGUUUUCCAUUGAAAUAACACGUAAAAAAAUCUUUUUUCAUUAAAAAUACCAUAACUUUUGAACCGUUUGAGAUAAAAUUUUUUACGUCGCGGAUUCUUGUAGGGCAUAAAAUUUCCCAAAGAAUCUAUACCAGGAUUAUUUUUUUUAAUUAAAAAAUUCGUAUGUUUGAAAGCUUUGAAAAGUGUAAAAAACUGCAGUUGUAUUCUGAUUUUUACAAACACAUAGAGCAAAAGAAAGCCUGUAAGCGAAAUUUUGGAGAUAGAGUAAACCAAUUUUAAACCUUUUAUACUAAACUCGGAUUUAGACUAACCUAAACUAAAAACUGACACAAUUAUAUCAAAAUACUAUUAUGGAGAUGGAACAAACCAACUUCAACUUUCCGAAAAUGCAUAAACCUCAAAAUGUUAAAAAAUGGAGAUAGCACAAACCAAUACUCAGGUGACGAGUUGUAAUUGUCAUAGAAUCGUCAAAAUAGAAUAAAAACAAUUUUUUUAAUGUUUAUCAAAAAUGGCGAAUGCGCCGGGCUAAAGUACUAGAAAACUGAAAAAUUUGUUUUAAUUUUUUUUAUCUUUUUUUGUAAUAAAAUUGGUUUGGAUAAGGAGCUUUUUAUUUUCAAUUCAUUUUGUUUUCGUAAUUACUGGGUGAAUUUAUUUAUCAUUAUUAUUUCUUGAUUUCAUCAAGAAACAAUAUCAAUAUCCAAAUAUAAAACUUGUUAUAUCGUUCCCAUAACACCUAUAAAUCCGCAACAAAAGUAUCGACAUUUCCAAAUCCAUGAAAACAUUCUUGAGAACCUCGACCACCUGUGGAACCCCUAUAAAGCCAUAAUGACGUCGACACUGAAUGAAACUCCAUGAAACUCCAUAGUUACAUCGAUUAGACGUUCAAAGAUGGCGUGACUCGAGGGUAUGCCCGUACGACCCCUCGAUACACACAAAAGCGGAAAGUAUCCGCAGCAAAUUAAGCGGCAGCGAAACAAUUGAAGUGCGAUUGGUGAUGUGAUCCGGUGUGAAGAUGGCAGAGGCAGCUCCGUCGGAAUCCGCCGCCUCCGGGAACACUGAAGAAGACUGGCAGGUCUACGAGAUAUUGUGCAAAGAUAUCGAAGUAAACAAGAUGGACGAAUCGGACGUUGAUGUGACAACAGCGCUUAGAAGCGAAUUGGCAGCAUUGCAGUACAAAAGGGACCGCCUCACAGCAGACUUGGAAGAGAUGAGGAGCCAAAUAAGAUCGCGGGAUCAAAGAUGCCUGGAUCUUCAGAUGGAGGCCGACCAAUUGCGAGAACAAUCCGCCAGACAAAACUCCAUCAUAUCUUCGCUGAAGAAGAGGAUACACGAACUGGAGCAAAGGGAAAGGGAUCUCAUAGGUGCCCAAGGCAGGAACGAGAUUGUCAUACAAAACGCUCACAGAGAUGCCAGGUAUCAAGAAGAAAAAGCCAAGGAGUUCGAGGUCAAAGUAAGAAACCUGGAACUGGACUUGAACUCCCAGGAGCAGAAGAAAGAAGCCGCCAGGUUGCAGCUUCAGGAUCUCGUUAGAAGGUUAUCUGUGGCCUUAGGUACCGAAUUCGUAGACACUUCCCACGUAUCUCCCGAGUCUCUGGUACACAAAGCUGCCGAGUUAGUACAGGAAACAUCAAGACUUCGUAACAGGACGCAUAACAUAAACGACACUCUUGGCACAACCGAAAUGGAGCUUAGAAGUUGUCGAGAAACUCUUGAUAGAGCAAUUCAAGACAAAGAUUGUCUACAAAGGCAGUCAGCGGCGCAACUAUUGGAGAUAGAUCGCUUGCGACAAGAAAAGGAUUCCAUUGAAAUGCAGCACAGAGUUAUGGAAAGAGAACUAAACGAGCUAAGAGAGAAACUGGCAGUUUCAAAUAGAACGUUGGGUUCAGCCAGUGGAAAUAUUGCUCAGCAGGAAUCCAUGAUAUGCCAAAUAAGAGAGGAAUUAAAAAUCAACCAAGAAAAACUUCAGCGGCUGCAAUCGGAACACAGGCACAGCCUGGAAUCCAUAGCUCUUCUCCUCAGCACCCCUUCCAGAUUCGUAGAAUCCCUGGAGACUGCCAUUAAGGAUAGAAUCCACGAAAUAACCAAUGACAGCAAGGACAAACACGCACAAGUCGAGAGUCUCAGGGAGAAGCUGAGCCACGAGUCGUCUCAGCUGUCGCGACAGGUUUCGUUGUACGAGCAAGCCAACUCCAGAAUCCGUUCUCUGGAAGACGAGAAGAAUUUGCUGGAGAGCCGGCUCCAUAAGGCCGACAGCGAGAUAAACGCUUGCGAGUUGUCCAGGGAUGGCUUGAAGCGAGACAAGAGCACAUUCAUGAAUUUCUUAGAGCGUCUGGCGAGAGCGCUGAAUAUGGAUGAAAUUUCCCACGACAUCGGCGUCGAUUUGCAUACGGAGUCGUUGCUGCUUAGAGCGGAGCAACUCGCGAGAUUAGAAAGCGAAAAACUGGUGGAUAAGACUGCCCUCGUAUAUCAGCUUCAAAGAAGAGUGCGAAAUCUUCGCGAACAAGUCCAGAGGAAAGACCUUCACCUUGACUUACUCAGAAGAAAAUUAUCUUUACAGGAAGACAACACCAAAACCAAAUGCCUUCUUCAAAACGAAAGAGACGAAGCUAAUUUGCGAGUGAAAAAGCUUGUCAAACAGGUUGAUAGAUUGCAGCUGCAACUCGCCGAAGCUAAAUCCAACGUAAGGGACUUGAAUAGUCAGCUUGCUGAAGCAGCAGAUUACAAGAUUACGGCUUUGGAGCGUGGAAGAAAGAUCGAGGAGCUUCAAAAACGCCUCAUAGAAUCGGAAACCUUGAGAACUAGAUACAACAGAAAAGUGACCCUUCUAAAAGACCAAGUGAGAGUCACAGGCGAAACCAUAGAGCAGGAGCGAAACAUCAGUGAGCACUCAGUGCAGCUGCUCAGAGACGAGUUGGCUAGGGUGAAGGAUUCUCUGUCUGAAGUGCAAAGAAGGGAGGCUCAGCUUCAAAGCUUCAAACACUCCAUAGCCAAGAUUCUAGGCGUAGUUCUUCCGAUGCCCGACUACGAAUUGGUGGGGAGGCUGCAGAAAUUGGUGGAUGCGCAUCAUGAUUUCACUCUGGUGUCGAGGAGGUAUGACGAUCCGGUGUUGAGGUUGGCCACCAGGAGUCCCACAGCCGGAAGUAGAUGCACCAGAACGCCUGACAGGUCGAGAUACGACGAUUCCGGUUAUACCGACGCGGCUGAUUUGGACGAUAUCGACGAUGACUGCUAUAAAAGGCAGGGCAGGCCCAUUUGACAUACGCAUUUUAGGGACUAAAAGCCCCAAGUCUCUUUCUGGAUUUUGUAAAUGAUAAUACAACCCAUACAGCACAAGAUGUCCAUUGGACGUCAAAUGGACGACCAUCGUACAUCCAAACGUCCAAUGUAAGUCCAUUUGACGUCCAAUGGACAUCUUUUGCUGUAUGGGAACUUAAUUUUAAUAAGGUUACCAAACAAAAAUAUGACCUAAGAUAAUAAAAUUUGUUAUUGGACAUAAAUAAAUGCAUGUAGAUGAUAGAUAGAACUAGUUAUUCACAAUAAAGUUACAAAAUUAAAGAAAUACAUUAUAAAGUGCAACACAAGUUUCCAUAUAGUUAUAUAAUUUGAAUAUUAAAAAUUUAAUUAGAUACUAAAGUAUUUUAUAAGUACAAAAUCAGUGUUCAUUAAUAAAUAAAUUUUAUAAAG